AUGCGAGUAUUUUUCUGCCGCUGGGGCCGCACCACGGCAUCCCAGACGGUCUACGAAGGUCGCAACCAUUGUUGCGGACAGAAAUGGUGCAACAAGGACAUUUGCGGGCUGUUUUGCGCCGCGUUUACCUGGUAAGUUCGGUUUUCUAUUGAUUUUCCGUUUUUAGGUGCGGUUUCCAUGAAUUAUAUCGGCCCAUAAUUCCCUUUCGGGAAGUGCAAACUUUUCAGUAGUGUGUGAAUUACUAAUUCCAGCUGGAUGUGAAUGAAAAGUUCGAGAAAUUCAGACUAAAUUUAGCGGAAUUUUUGAACAGAAAUUAAUGUCAAGUGUAAUGUUAGAGUUUGUUGUGAUACGGAGGGCAAAUAAGUGAUGGCCAUUCGAUUGCUGGUGAUUUAGCAAGAAGAAUUGAUACUUCAGCUGCUAAAAAGUAUUGACCAGCAGCUCACAUUGUUUUAACACCUAAAAAAUUGGGUUUCCUCAGAGCAGCUUGAUCUGAUGGGUAAUAUCAAGGAAAUCCAAUUUGUGGCCUGUAAUUGGAAGGGAGAUAAUCGGCGAUUGUUCAAAUAGCUUUUUUAGUCAAAGAAGCAUCUUUAAAAGAUAUAAACCAGGUGUUUAUGUUGCACUUGACAUUCAAAUUUUUCAACUUUUUUCUUCACUGUCAGAUUGGUGAUGCAUAAUAUGAAAAUAUCGAGAUUGCUUAGCAGAAACAGCAAAAUUUUUGAUAAAAUACGAUUUUUCACUUCUAUUGUUAUUCUAGUACUUACAUAGAAGCAGUUUUACCUCAAUAAUUUACCUUCUCCUUCAGGUUCCUAAUGGGUUAUGGUGAGUUCUGCGUGUUCUUCAUCUUCAUGUCGACAGCAUCAGUCCGACCGUUCAUACAGGGCGCCAAUUUCAUUGUCUUCCAAACAUUUGCGAUAUUGGCGUUCAUUUCGCAUUUCCGGACAAUGACCACGGACCCGGGUGCUGUGCCCAAAGGAAAUCUCACAGAAGAUUACUUUAACAGACUCCAGGCCGAGCGAGAUCGUGGUGCUCCAAUUUACAAGUGCCAUCGGUAUGUUUUUGAGCUUUUUUCUUUGUGUUUUUAGGUGUUUGGCGAGAUUUUGGAUAUUACACUAGAGGAAGUUGGGCGAGAUUUUGGGUUUUAUCUAUCUCGAUAGCUAAAGAAGAGGGUGUUGAGGCUUUUCUCGGCUCUAAGAUGGAUUUCGAAAACAUUUCGUUUAUAGGUCAAGGAAAAAUUAUAUUGCACUAGAUAAAAAAAAUUCCAAUAUUUUUAAUUCUUUGUCUUUAUGAUGAUGAAUGUAAAAUACGCAUCGCCUUGAUUUUUAAAUGCUUUAAGUAUGUCUGGAGUAAAUUUUAGAGUUAUUUUUAUAUUACACUAGGCAAGUACAAUAUAUUUUUUUUGUGCUUUUUCUCUAAACCUCCAAAUUCUUUCAGAUGUGCCUCAGUCAAGCCAGAUCGAGCUCAUCAUUGUAGUAUUUGCGAUCGAUGCAUCCGCAGGAUGGACCAUCAUUGCCCUUGGGUGAAUAAUUGUGUCGGAGAGUCGAAUCAGAAGUAUUUCGUACUAUUUACUGUGAGUUUUUAACAUUUUUUUGCACAACAAUGCAGUUUGGAAUUACUUUAAAUAAUUUUUCGAUAUUAUUUUAGCUCUACAUAGCGCUAAUGUCAAUCCACGCACUUGGAUGGACAAUUUCUCAGUUCGUCACAUGCGUAAACACUGACUUCCGAGGCUGCAGCUACUUUAGUGGGCCGGCAACCACAAUUAUGUUGAUUUUCCUAUUGUUUGAGACCAUUUUGUUCGCGAUCUUCACCUUGGUCAUGUUUGGAACUCAGCUUUCGGCGAUUUGCUCGGAUCAAACGGGAAUUGAAAGUCUAAGAAAGGAGAAUCAUAAGACGCAAAGCGGCAUGAAGAAUAUGCAGGUGAGAUUUUAGAAUUGUUUUUUUUUUGGUUUUUAGAAAAAAAAUGGAGCAAUUUCACCAAGGUGAAGAUAAAAUUUAUCUGAAAUGGAAGAUUUCUAUAGACUUUUUGGCUCAAAAAGGUUCCAUAGGGAAUAAAAAAGCUAUUGAAGGAAGCAAAUUAAUUUUUCGAUAUUAUACUUGACCUUAUAGAACAUCAACAGAAUUUUUUUUGCUUGGUCCGGAAAACUCUUGUUUUUUGUUUUAAUUGGCCGUAAAACAGAGUAGUUAUUACUUUUAAAAGUCAAUUGAUAAUUAACGGCUAGAGAAAUUGCACUUUUAAAGCUUUGAAAUUUGAUUGCACUGUGCGGAGGAAAGUUUUUGCACAGUGCAACAAAAGAAAUCCGCACCGUGCGAAAAAUAGAAUUUUUAUGGUGGGCGUAAAAAUAAUGGAGAAGUAUUAACGACUCACUCAGUAUUAGACGAUUAUAACCACCGUUUUUUCUCCUCUUAUGGGAAGUUUUAUGGCUGUAAUCAGGAGAUUAGAGAGAAAUUGCCGAACGGACGCCAUUUGAUGGCGUCUGGAGCUGAAAAUAGAUUUAUGGAAAGACCAAAAUAUUAAAGAAUGAAGUUAGGGAGAGUAUACAGAGCAGUAAGAAGGGUAAAAGUGAGAAAUAGGGCUUUAGAAUAAAAUUUUAAAAAUUAUUUUGGAAUUUUUGUGGACGAAGUUGAAUUUUAGAGGAUUUUGAAGGCUAAAUGGAGACAGAAUGCGUAAUGCAGGCGUUUAGAAUACGUAAUGUUUAUUUUUGGUCCGGUAGUUGAUGCAAAAUUAACAGAAAGAAUUGAUAAUACAAGAAAAAAAAAUCAAAAAAUGACGUCUUGGCAAGUAUACAGUGGCGGAGCUGAUCCAGUGGCAAAAAAACGCACCAUUUUGCAUUUGAGAAGUACCAAAAAAACGCGGAAAAAUACCUCCCUCUCCUGAAAAAAACUCCGGUUUUGAAAGCGCACCCGCUUUUUUUGUGAGCCAGACGGAGUUUUUUCAGAUGGAGAGGGAGGUAUUUUGCUGCAUUUUUGAUACUUCUCGGUUGCAAAAUGGUGCGUUUUCUGCCACUGGAUAGCGUCCGCCACUGUAUACUUGCCGAGACGUCAUUUUUUUGAUUUUUUUCUUGUAUUUUCAAUAAUUUCUGCAAAUUUUGCUUCAAUUACCGUACCAAAAAUGAACAUUAUGCAUUCUAAACGCCUGCAUUCUAUCUCCAUUUAGCCUUCAAAAUCCUCUGAAGUGUAACACUGUAAUAUAAAAUUUUGAAAAAAACAUUAAAAAUAAUGAUUGUGAUGGAGUUUGCAGUCUCAAAUUCACAAGAAAUGUGAUGAAUGACUUAAGAAAUCCAAAAACAACGAAAAAAGUAUAAAAAAUCGCCGAUUUUAGGUGGUGUUCGGCGGCCCAUUCUCGAUACACUGGUUCAACCCGCUGGCGGCACCGUUCAUCAGCGAAAAAGCCUUCGAAUUCUCUGUGUGAGCGCGAUGGCAACUGCAUUUCCAACCCCGAAAACAUACCUGUAAAUAUGGCGUAAUACGAAAAUCAUUCGAUAUAAUGAAAAAGGCGUAUUUUUUUAUUCAAAACGAGGUUUUCUCCUUUGUUUUUUUUGUUUCGGGCUAGUGAAACAUGUAUCUUAUUAUGUGACAAAGUCUUCCCGAACAAAUAUAUAGUCUAGAACUCAAAUUUUAGUCGGUUGUAUUUUUGAAAAGUCGAUCUUUUGACUCUGUUUUAGCUUAAUUAUGGUAUACUGUUGUUAUUUGUGUAUUUUUAACUUGGAUUAACUACUUAUAAAGUGAUAAAGGAAGCAAAUAGUAAUCUGGAAAUGUUUGGGGUAAAGUACUUUAAGGCCGAUUGGUGAAAUUUGACGAUUUUUUAGGAGACUUGCCAGAUUUUGGUUCACGUUUUGCAGAAAUUACCACGAGAUUUCGGCUCGAAAUGUGUCAAAAAUUCCGUUUUUUUUUGAGGUUUUUUAAGUGCUAAAGUUGGCAUGAUUUCAAGGUCUGAAGUAAAAAGUUUCUACAAAGUAUUCCCCGCGGGCCGGGCCGCGAUUUUCGGGGAGUCGAUUUUUAGAUCGAAAGUCGGCGAAAAUUUAGGACUUUUUGCCGAAUUUCGGCACGAAAAGUUUCAUGCCUAUUUCAACCGUAAAGGAUAUAGUAAUGUUUCUACAAAAAAUCAAAUUUUUCCGCACGAAACUGCCAAAGUUAUGGCCAAAAAGCGCUUUUCUCUCUGACUGCUCUCCACGUUUAUCGUGCUCUCUCGGCGACAAAAAUCGUUCGAUAUCUCGGCGGCGCCCGCAAAGCGCGAGCUAAAACUUUCAGGAAUUGAUAUUUAGUCCAUAGCCGACGUGUGUGCAAAAUUUAAAGGAAAUCUGAGCGUCGCACUUGGAGUACUUCCCCUGUAAGAUAACCACAUUUGCCAGGCUUUCGAAAAUGUAUUGAGGCUGUGAUUAAGACUCUGGGAUCAUUAAGCGUUCCAGAAUUGUAAUCUUUCCCCUCUGACGGAGAAUUAAUCAUUACUAUUUAGCAUUUUUAGUCAUUACUAUUUAAGCCGUCAGCAAAUUUCUCUAAUUUUUAAAUUCCGAGAAAUAUUUUUUAUUUCCUUGGAAUUUUAAAUGUUUUCUCCUACUGUAAUUUGGCUCUUUUUCAUUUGCAUAAUUGUGCAAGUUGAUGCUCAACGCCGUAAUGGUCCGUUGAUUUUGCGCCGCAGUUUGGAGGAAAUUUGCCUCCAAACGCUGCAAAACAAUCUCCAUCCGGACCUGCAGCUCGGACAAUGUACCCCAUACUUUAUUCGUUGUCAGUUCGACGAAAAUAAUCGAGUUAAAAUACGACUGGGCGGUUGUUCGAACGGAAAAGUCUUCCUGGGCGAUCGAUGUACGAGUGUGGAGAAGAUGGGCAAAGCUUGUCUGGAUCAGAGUGUUAAUCUGGUGAAUGCCGCAAGCGGCGUGUUGGCACAGGUAAGAGAAGUGACGUUGAGCCUUUUUCUUAUCAGUCUGUCGGGAAAAUAAUGAGCACAAUGUCGCUGCGCCGAUCGUGUCGCUAAAAUUAAAAGACAAUUCAUUUUCUCGGCGGCGAUUCGAUUUUCGAUGCGACAUUGUGCUCAUUAUUUUCCUGACAGACUGGUAUAAGGCAAUGUUGUUGUCUUCGGAGUCUCCAAAUUGUUUUCAGGCCACCGGAUUCUGCGAGAAGAACACAAAAACACCGGCCGUUUUCUUCGGCGCCGAGACUGACUGUUCCCAACAAGCGAUCCUCUGUAUACCUGGCGGCGAGGUUCCGGCAAUCCCAUUUGCCUGUCCGAUAGGUAAAAUACGUUCCCUAAUCUUUCGUCAAGUGGGUUGUUUUCCCGUAUUGUUAGCAUGUAUCUUGUGAAAUAUUGGUUUUAGAGUGUGCGUGUAUGCUUCUUAUUUUUAUUUUUGACGUUUAUGUUUUCAUGUGUUUCGAUCGUGUAUGCGUUUUAUUUUUUGUUUCUCUUAUUUUUAUGCAUUCCCAUUUGUGUAUCCUUUGUGUGAGUUCUUUUUUGUUCUUUGAAUACGUUUUUUUCCGAUGAUUUAUAGGUCUUCAUGUUGAUCCGAACUCCUUGGCCUGCGUUUUUGCCGAUCCAGGACCGUGUAGGUUCGGCGAGGACAAGGCGACCAUAUUCUUCCCAGUUCAAGCCACCCUGAACCGAUUGUGGUGUCGUCGGGAAGCGGAGGAGCGUGACAAUGGGCAUGGCCUUUCGAGAAGCGGCGAUUUUGCAGCUGAACCGGAUUCAAUUCGUUGUCGAAAUUGGUUUGUGAGUUGUGAAAAACGCAACGACCUUACGUUCGGAUUCUGUUCUACGGGAAGUAUUUUUGAUCGUAAGCACAAAGGAUGCAGAAAAUUGAAGGAGAAAGAUCAAUGUCCAGCUCAGUUUGACUGUGUGUAAGUUGUCUGGCUGCUUGAAAGUUUCCACUGUGCGAAAUUUCAUCGAAAAUUACGCGAUUUCAGCAAAAACCCAUGGCAGAAUAUUGUCCCAGAUCCAUGUAAGCCGGAUUUCACUUACUGUAAAGGCGCCACUCCCGUGGAAUUCCGCUGCCCGAAGGACUCGAUUCUUGGAGAAGAUGGGGAAUGUGUUUCCAAAGAGUUUGUCGGCACCUGUCAGCCAAAACCCGCGCCAGAUUGUAUCAAUGGAGAAGUUUACGAUAAAAACGGAAAUCCUUGCCCAGGUAAAUCUACUGUAAACUGUUAUGACGUAGAAUUAUUUCCCCAGAUAUUCCAAUGAUCCCGGAGCGAGAAUGCGAAGAUGGAGAAAGUAAAGCGCUGAAGGAGAGUUGCAGUUUGUUCAAGCGUUGUAUUAACGGUCAUUAUGAGCUGAGAAGAUGCCCCAAAGGCUCAGGAUUCCACCCGAAAGUCAAGGAGUGCGAAACGACGUACAAGUGCCCAGAGAAUGAUGGAGAUAACAUUUACGACUCGGGUAUGAAAUUUUUAAAAUUUCUCUGACCGUUUCUCUUGAUUUUCCAUAGUCUCGCGUUUGCACAGAAUAUCUCGUUUGAACCGAAAAGUUGUCAGCUAAGAACUGUAUAUGAAAUUUUUAGAUUACAACUACUCUCCUACAACGACUAAGAAACCUGCACCACCACCUCAACCACAAGAUCCGUAUAACCCGCAGUACCCUAACCCUCCAUAUCAACAUUGGUCGCCGCAUUCGGCUUGCCGUGAAGAUCCAGGAAUUGCCGGAUAUCAUCGAGAUCCCCUGAACUGCGCUAACUUUUAUCAAUGCGCGAGUGGGAGAUGGGUCCAUAAGAAUUGCGCCCCAGGCACGCAUUUCAAUCCAAAUGGGCCAUUUUGCGACCAUAUUGGAAAUGUCCCUGGAUGUCCAGUCUAA